AUGUCGAAUGCUGUUGGAAUAAACCCAGAAUGUUUGCAGUAUUCGAAACAAGAUUUUCAAGUUUCGGUAGCUGUGUAUAAAGCACGCCAUCUUCAAGUCUUCAAUGCGGAUACUUUCGUUCUGGUGUCGUUGGAUGGUAAAUACAAACGGACCAAAAUGGCAUAUCGAACUGAUUGUCCUUAUUUCAACGAUUAUUUUAGUUUUGAACUGCGCACCACCAAACAGGAGCUGUUGAAGAAAAGUGUUCUCUUCCAGUUGUAUCGUGCCGCCACCUGCACUAUGAUGGGUUCCUGCGUCGGAAGAUUCAGCAUCGAUCUUCGUACAAUAUGGGACCAAAUAAAUCAUGGGUUUAUCAGGAAGUGGGCCUCUUUCGAUCCAGCGGAAAACACUUCUACGAGUGGCUUUCAUCAUGGGGUUUUGAUGCUCGACGUGUUCAUAGUACCCUCGUUUGAAACACCAAGUCCAGUGAUUUUUCAUAAUACUGUUUUCGACGUUAUCGAGAGUAACUUGCUAUUGCCGUAUGCAAACUGUUCUACAGCACGUCGAGUGCAAUACAGUUGUAGCAUUCGUAGUGGACAUUUCACUAGGGCUGCUAAAUAUGCCAUACAAAUUUCGUAUUCAGGACAAAAAGUAUGUUUAAAACUAGCUUAA